AUGCGCGCGCGCAGUUGGUGCUUGUUGGUAUGGUGGGUGUGGUGGUGGUGCUGCGCUGGCGCCGUCCAGCGUCCUCUCUGCGACCACGCACCCGAGCGUUGCAUUGUGCUCGGAACUCACCACGACGAAUAUAGUUACCGUGUGGAUGGUGAACACACUGACAUCAAAUUUAUUGAUGGUGGUUACUUUUCCUUCGAGUGUGGAAUGAAUGUUACACUGGAUAAUGAGGCACUGCCACGCUUCACAGAUGAGGUGCGAGUUGCCCGCAUUUACCUAAUCAAUUGUGCACCGCCCAAGCAAUCAUAUGUGCACAUACUUCGGAGACUUAAUGUAGUUGCUCUCAAUGAUCUCAUCAUCCGUGGCGCUAGUCGCGUAAUCUCCGGCGUUCAUCUUGCUGGGCUCACUGUGAACUCACUAGCGUUGAUAAAUCUCCACCUCGCUGCCAAUGCAUUUAAUGCCUAUAAUGCUACUCAAUUACGACUCGACAACGUAAAAUCGGUAGCCAUCGAAAAUCUGCCAGCUUCACUGCAAAUUCUACAUCUAGCUGAAAUAGGUAUAAAAAAUAUAACACGCACGAACUUCCAGAAUCUGCCGGCUCUCGUGAAGCUUGCUGUGCGCGAAGAGGGUAUGAUUUACGUAGAAGCGGCGGAGAGCCUAAUUGAACUAGCUUUGGAGUCUCAUGCCGUGUGGCUCGACCCUGCGCUACCAGACAAGCUCGAGAAAGUCACUCUCACUAGUUGGGAGGAACAAGCCCUGGCGCCAUGGAAAUCGUGUAAUGCCUUGAAAGAAUUGGUAAUAGAUGGAAAUAAAAACAGUACACUGCCAGAGGGCUGGCUAACGAAUUGCAAGUCGCUUAUUAACUUAUCAGUAAAAAAUUGUGGCCUAGAGAAACUGCCAAAUGGACUGUUUGACAACUCGAGGUCGCUUUCACUUCUCAACUUAUCUGGAAAUCGCAUUGAAGUACUACCAAGUGGCCUAUUCGCUAAGACGGACGAACUGACCGUACUGGACCUGUCCAACAACAACUUGACGAGCGACACCUUUAACAAGCUGGUGUCGGUGUCGUCACUGCGCGAGUUGUGGCUCAACGGCAACGAACGGCUCGGCGACGCGUGCUCCAUGACUAACGGGGCUUCAUUCCUUGAGCGCUUGAAGCGUCUUCGGCAGCUUCACCUGAGCAAUACGGGCGCUACGGUCAUGUGUCGCGACUUCCGAGAGAACAUGCUGAAUCUGAAGACACUCGAUCUCAGCUACAAUAAAAUCACGACACUCACGUACUCGGAUCUGCACUUCGAGGCGAAAGCGGUCGUCGACCUCCGCGGCAACCGCGUGACGACGCUGCUGUACACGCACCAGGAGUACCGGCGCCUCGUGGACAACUACGACACGUACUGCGGCGCGGGCGCGUCGAGCGCCGAGCUCAAGCUCGACGCCGAGCUGCGCUGCGACUGCCGCGACGCGUGGGCCGCGCUGGCGCUGCGCGACUGCCCCGCGCACGUGCGCCUGCCCGCGCUGCGCUGCGCCGCCACGCGCGCCCUGCCCGCGCAGCGCGUGGCGGCGCGACACAUCGACGAGUUCGUGUGCGCGCUGCCGCCCGCCCGCUGCGGCGCGCCCGCGCACUGCGCCUGCGCCGAGCGCCGCCGCGACGUCGCCGGCGCGGACACGCGCGUGCUGCGCGUCACGUGCGCGGGCCCAGACCCGGCGCUGACCGCCCCGCCCGCGCUGUCGGACGCGCCGGGCGUGGCGUGGCAGCUGCUGCUGCCCAACAACUCCAUCGCCGAACUGCGCAGAGCCGACCUUCCGCGUGACCUAAUGGCUCUGGACCUUCGAGGCAAUCCGUUGGCCGCGUUGGACCCCGACAUCGUGACGUCGCUCCCGGCCGACGGGCGUCUCUGGCUCGCCGAGUCGCUGUCGUGCGAGUGCGACAACGAGGCCGGGCUCGCCGCCCUCGUCGGCCGCCCCGACGUCGUCGAGAACGCGGACGAGCUGCGCUGUGCGGGCGGCGCCGAGCUGCGCCCCGCCUCGUGCGCGCGGCGCGGCGCGGCGCUGGCUGCCGGCCUCGCCCCGCCGCUACUGCUCGCCGCGCUCGCGGCCGCGGGGCUGGCGCGCCGCUCGGUCCGCGCGCGGCUCAAGCGCGCGCUGCGGGGCCUCGGCGUGCUGCCGCCGCGCGCCGAGCCCGACGACGAGCGGCCCUUCGACGUGUUCGUGUCGUUCUCGCACCUCGACUCGGAGGUGGUGACGGAGCUGCUCGCCGGGCUGGAGCCGCGCUACCGCGUGUGCGUGCACUUCCGCGACUGGGCGCCGGGCGCGUGGAUCCCGGCGCAGAUCGCGGCGUCGGUGCGGCGCUCGCGGCGGACGCUGGCCGUGGUGUCGGCGCACUUCCUGCGCUCGGCCUGGGCGCGCGCCGAGUUCCGCGAGGCCCACGCGGCCGCGCUGCGCGACGCCGAGCCGCGCCUGGUCGUGGUGCUGCUGGACGAGCCGGCGCGCCUGCCGCUGGACGCCGAGCUGCGCCGCUACCUGGCCGCCAACACCUACGUGCGCUGGGGCGACGCGUGGUUCUGGCGCAAGCUGCGCGCCGCGCUGCCCCCGCCGCGCGCCGCCCCCGCGCCCCCCGCGCCCCUCGCACCGCCCCUCGCACCGCCCCUCGCACCGCCCCCCGCACCGCCCCUCGCACCGGCCCUCGCACCGCCCCUCGCACCGCCCGCGCUGCCCCUGGAGCAGCUGACGGGCGCGGCGGCGUGA